GCUGCAGACUUUAUCAGUCGGGGGAAGGUCAGCGCCGCUCUCCACUGAAUCGGACCGGCUCUCCGCGCCGGUUGUUCGCCGUCUCCGGAGCUCACGCCCCGGGUCCCCGCUGUCAGUGGAGCUCCGAGCCUCGUUUCCGGCUCCAUGUCCGGCUCCAAGUGCAGGCGGCUGAGCGGGGCGCUGGUCCGGCCGCUGCUGGACUCCGUGGACUGCGUCCUGUUCGACUGCGACGGGGUGAUCUGGAGGGGGGACCAGGCCAUCCCGGGGGCCCCGCAGGUCAUCAACCUGCUCAAGGAGAGCGGCAAGAAGGUCUUCUUCGUCACCAACAACAGCACCAAGACCAGGAAGAUGUACGCGGACAAGCUGGCGGCGCUGGGCUUCCACGCCUCGGAGGAGGAGGUGUUCGGGACCGCCUACUGCUCCGCCAUGUACCUGAAGACGGUGUGCCGGCUGGACGGCAAGGUGUACCUGAUCGGCAGCCCCGCCAUGAGGCAGGAGCUGGAGGCGGUGGGCAUCCAGCAGACCGGGGUGGGGCCCGACCCGGUCUCCGGGAAGCAGAGCGACUGGGCCAACGUGGCCCUGGACCCGGAGGUGAAGGCGGUGCUGGUGGGCUUCGACGAGCACUUCAGCUACAUGAAGCUGAACCGGGCCCUGCAGUACCUGAGCCAGCAGGGCUGCCUGUUCGUGGGCACCAAUAGGGACAGCCGACUGCCUCUGGAGGGGGGCAAGGCCGUGCCAGGUACCGGCUGCCUGCUGCAGGCCGUGGAGACGGCGGCGCAGUGCCAGGCCCAGACGGUGGGCAAACCCAACCGCUUCAUGUACGACUGCGUGGCCUCCCAGUUCGGCCUGAGCCGGGACCGCUGCCUGAUGGUCGGGGAUCGUCUGGACACCGACAUCAUGCUGGGCUCCAACUGCGGCCUGAAGACCCUCCUCACCCUGACGGGGGUCAGCACCGUGGCAGACGCCGAAGCCCACCAGCAGAGCGGCUGUGCAGAGAGGCAGGGCAUGGUCCCGGAUUACUACGUGGAGAGCAUCGCUGACCUCCUUCCUGCCCUGCAAGGAUGAACCGUCCACAGGCAUUCGUCUCAGCAGGGUCCACUGUCUUUUAAGAGGAAUAUUUUUAAUGUAAUUAAAAAUGUCUUUAUAAUAAAGAUGCCGUGUCGCAGAUGAGACAAGAGGCUCAUGUCAUUUCGUAGUUUCUUUGGACAUGAUCAGGAUCAAUAACACCAGUAUUGCUUCAGUGUAUUUGAGUCACAAAAGAACUGAGUGUUGACUGAUUUUGUGACGACAUGAGUUUACUUUACAGUCACCUCUUGAGCAUUUAUAAAGUGUCAGUACGGUGAUAUGUGUUUUCAUAUCCAGACGGGUUUUUGGGGGUAAAAAAGCUCUGAAUUGUACCAGGAAUCUGUUCUCAUUUGUAUGCAUUUAUAUCUGCACUGAAACCACAGGGAUGGUGCUCUGACACCUGCUAGGAAUGUUUCUUGUUAAAUGUUCCCCGACAGAACAAACGUAACGUUCCACACAUCGCUCUGAUUUGUGUUUCUGACGACCAGAUUCAAUAAAAGCCACUGUCAAAUCCA